AUGUUCAUGAAGGUAAUAUAUACACUUGGUACGUACGAACGUGUGAAGGCAGCUCACAAUGAAAUCGCAUACAAAACGCACGCACGGAGUCGACGUCCUAAUCUCUUUUCCCCUUUUUUAGUCUCUACUGGGAAGAUGAAAAUGCAACCAGAUGUACCACACGAAGUUUACAUGAAAGAUCAGAAGUAUUCGCUAGGUGCCAGAGAAGACGCAAACAGCAGACGAUGCUUCAGCGCGAAAUUUCAAAAACUGUCGCCAGAGUGGAAGAAGUUCUGCAAGUGCGUGCCGAGGGAUGGAUUGACACCUACACGCUACUGCAAAGGUGAUGGUGAUGAUGAAGAUGAAGAAGAUGACAAUGUUGAUGAUGAAGUUGAUGAUGAAGAUGAUGGUGAUGAUGAAGGUGAUGAUGAAGAUGAGGGUGAUGGUGAGGAAGAUGAAGAUGUUGAUGAAAAAGAAACCAAAAAUUCAAACUGUGCAUCUUGGCACUGUAGCUUACUAAAGUGGAUGGUUUGGUAUUUGCCUGUUGAUGUUUCAUAUGCUUCUUCAGACGGAUUGCUGGGAUUCAGAUAA